GUUUGCGCGGUGCUAUUUCUCUGAUUUUAAUUAAACUCGAAUAUUAAAAUAAUAUACAUACAAUUUAAUUAUGUUUUAUUGAAGAUAGUGACAAAAUGCAUCUGCGUUUCUAUAUAAAGUCUACCUAGCGGUAAAUUUUCAAUUACCUACCGCAAUUAUAACCUGUUGUGUUAUUGAAUUUGACAUGGACAGUUUAUGCGGCGCGGCGUUGAUAAAUUAAGAUCUUGUACAUAGAAAUCAUGAACUAGUUCAUUUAAGAAUUGCUCGUGGAGUGAUUAAAUGAAGAACUAAAUGAAUUUUACUUCUCAAGUAACAUUGAAUGCUGCACAAAAGUGGUUUACAUAGCUAUAACAAACGGCUGUUACGUUAUGAAUUUUAAUCAAGGAUUAAAAAUGAAAGAAAAUGAUGAAAUUAAAACAAGAUCCACCCCAGUCGCUAUGGUGGCCCCAGAAUUAAAACAGAACACAGACGUGGAUAGAGAAAUUUCCAAGACCUGUGCAGUCUUAGGGUGUGAAGAAUCCAAAAAUUUAAAUCCAGAUUCAUUUUUCCCAUUUCCGGAAGAUGAUAAUCUUAGACAGAUAUGGACAGACUUGACUGGUCGAAGUAACUGGACGCCCACCGAUUUUUCUUACAUAUGUGUACAACAUUUUUCCGUUGAUUGUUUUGAAUGUAAUGCUGACAAUAAUGUUGUUUUGGUCAGCAAAGCUGUCCCAUCACUGAAGUUGCCAAAACAUGUUUUAGAGGUUGAAUACAUUGAAGAUGAGGCCUUCGACAAUGAUACAGAAGAUGAUGAGGAGAUGGAGUACGAACGGCUCGAGGACUUUGAUGAGAUCAUGGCUGACACCAACGAGACUGAGCAAAAACUGACCAAUGGACUCAACAUCAAUAGAGAAGGACGAAUGAAAACUGUACCAGACAAGGUGGAAACCCUAAGACUCUUUACAGAAGUGCAGAAAAUGCAAAAGACUGCUGUAGUUCUAAAAAAUAAAUUAAAAUCAACAUUAAAAAUCUAUCGCCGCCAGAGCAGAGCUCUGUUGAAAUUGAAGGAAGUCAUCAAGGUUAAGAGAGCCAUUCUGAAUCAGAAACAAAAGAAGAAAGCUAGAAUUUUACUCUCCUUGCAGGAGAAAAUUCAGGAGGAUACUAAUGGCUUAGUGUUAGCCAUGCCGACGAAACAUACAGACGACUUGAAAAACUUUGCCCUCAGCAUUUACAAGUACUCACCACAAGCAUACAUAUACAUUAGGAACAGUCUCAGAACCUUGUUACCGAGUACUGAUGUAUUGGAGACCUGGAUUGCAGCCGGAUGUGAACCAAAGAACAUGCUCACCAAGAGCAACAUGGUCAAAGUCGUAUCGGAACUGACGGAAUCUGAUCUUAUAUGUAGAGUGACUUUACAGUAACAACCUCAGCAUUAAGAACUUUUCUAAUUAUUAAGAAAUAUUUUAAUUAAA